AUGCUGGAGCGCAGCAGAAUGAGAUCGCGGGGCUCGACGUCGCUCUGCGUGCUGGCGGCGCUCGCCGUGAUCUGUGCGGCCGCGAGCGCGCAGGAGCAGCAGAAGACGGUGCACCUCAUAUUCAGCAGCCAUCUGGACAUCGGCUUCACUGACCUCGACAACGCCGUGAUCGAGCUGCACUGGUACACGCACUACCCCCGCGCGAUCCAGCUCGCUCGCUGGUUCGAGCGCCACGGUGAUGGCGACGGCUUCCGCUACCUGACCCAUUCAUGGCUGAUCGCGCUGUUCUUCGACUGCCCCGCGCGCGUGGGUGUGACGUGCCCCUCUGCCGAAGACAAGCAGGAGCUGUCUGAUGCAAUCAAGCAGGGCGUAAUCUACUGGCAUGCGGCGCCUUUCAACCCAAAUUAUGAGAUGUACGAUUCUGAUACCCUGGGGUUCUCUUUUGAACUCACACACGAGCUGGAUGCGAGGUUUGGCCUCAAGCCCAAGACCAUAGCCAGCCUGCGCGACGUCCCCGGCAUGACCCGCGGCGUGAUCCCCGUGAUGGCCGCCCACGGCGUCAGGGCGCUCACUGGCGGCGUCAACGGCUUCUCAGCGCCGCCCGGGGUGCCCAAGCGCACGCCCUUUGUGUGGCGCGACCUGGCGAGCGGCGCGGAGAUCCUGGCAAUGUGGCACGAGGGCGGCUACGCGGGUUGGCAUGACAACCUGCACGCUGACAAUGCAGACGACUGCAUCAAGGCAGAGGGCUUCGAUCACGUGUUCUGCGCCUCCUGGCGCGACGACAACGGCGGCCCCCCUGCCAGCCCCGCGGAGGCGCGCGCCAUCUACGACGCCGUCCGGCGUGCCUGGCCGGGCGCCAGGGUGGUCGCGUCGACGCUGGAGGACUACGCCGCCGCCCUGCUGGCCGCGGCGCCGGGGCUCGACCUGCCUGUCGUGACAGGCGAGAUUGGGGACACCUGGGUCCACGGCAGCGCCUGCGACCCCCUGAGGGUGGCGGACUACCGCGCGGCCCUGCGCGCACGCGCGCGCUGCGUCCGCAACGCCACCUGCGACAGCCAGGCACGCUCGCACGCGCGCGCGCUCGCGUGCCGGUCGAUCUCUGGACUGAGGGCCUGCUUGGGACUAGGGUGCACGUGUAGCCCUGCUUUUAAGCAGUUCAGCCGGCUGAUUAUCAAAGUGGCAGAGCACACUUGGGGGUUGGCCUUUGACCAAAACUUGGGUGACGUCACCAACUACACAAACGCAUACCUUCAUCCCAGGCUGGCAGCCCUCAACUCGCAGCCCAAGUAUGCGCGCAUCGUCGAGUCGUGGCGGCGCCAGCGCGAGUACGUGCGCUGGGCGCUGGAGGAGCUGCCGGAGGGCCAUCCCAUCCUGGCGGACUUUGAAGCCGACCGCCAGCAGCGCCACCACCACUCCUCCGUCUCGCUCCGCGCCCUGGACGGCGCCGCCGCGACCACCCGCGUCCCGCUGCCGCCGCGGCGCCCCGACGCGCGUGGCGAGCCUGGCGGCGCGGCGGGCGCGUGGGCCAAGGCGGCGCGCGCGCUUCCGAGGUGGCUGCGGCCGGGGGCGGGCGGCGGGGACCGGCUGCUGGGCGGCGGCGGCGGCGGCGGUGGUGCUUCUGCGCCUCAUGGGCCUCUUCAUCUUUCCUCCGACGACGGCGACGAUGACGCGCGCCUAGUGUUCAAGAGCCAGAGCUGGUCGCUUGAGCUCGACCCCUGGCACGGUGGCAUCAGCCGCCUCAGGCGGGUCUACUCAAACUCAGAAGGCGAGCGCCGCAAGGGCCACGAUUGGGCAGCCGACGCGCCACACGCCACCAGCAGACGCGCCGCCGCCGACAAUGGUGGCAGCGGCAGCGGCAGCCUCGGAGUGCUGCCACCGCCGCCACCCCGGUUUCUGCAGCUGCAGUACAAUGUGUACAACGAGUCAGACUUCCAGCCGAUCUGGGACGACUGCGACUUUGGGCGCUUCAACCUCAGCGCCUCCUCCACCCUCCGGCAGCAGUCAGUGCCGUUCAUAUCUGAUGUGCGUCAAAUGCAGGACCCGCAGCACGGACUGAUCUGGCAUGUUCUGUACGAGUUCCCCCGCUCCCUGGUGAGAGACGCGGGGGCGCCCGCCGCCGCCUGGAUGGUGCUGCACUCGCCGCCCGACAGCGACGUCCUGUUGGUCACCGUGGCCUGGCAGAACAAGACCGCGACCCGCCUGCCGGAGGCUCUGUGGGUGCGCUUUACGCCCGGCCGCGGCGCCGUGGACACCGCCAGCUGGCGCAUGCACAAGAUCGGCAGCUGGAUAGACCCGCGGGAUAUCCUGGUCAACGGGUCCCACUCCAUUCACGGCGUGUCUGAGGAGGGCGUCACAGUGGCCAGCCCAGAUGGGGACGAGCUGCUGCGCAUCCGGCCCCACGAUGCCCCCCUCCUGGCGCUGGGCGAGCCGCGGCCCUUCCCAAACCCCACACGUGGGCCCGACAUGGACCAGGGUGUCAGCGCCUGCCUGCACAACAACGUCUGGGGCACGAACUAUGCGGAGUGGGUGCCGUUCACUGAUGAUGACGUCAGCCUGGCAUUCAGGUUCACAAUCGAGGCUUCUGAGCGGCCUGCACCAGCGCCGUCGGUGGCUGAAACGUGA